AUGUCUAUGGUAGCCUCCGAUGUUACCGUAUACGGUCCUUAUAAGCAACAGACCUUAGGUAUCGCUGGAACAGCCACUGCAGCAUCAGCAUCAUACACCGGAUCUGCUGCAUAUAACCCCACCACUCUCACACCACCUCCUGUUCCAAAUCCGCCGCCACCUAGUCAAUUCAACAUUCAGCUCCAGAAUGGUGGUGUUCCUGGGCUAUCAAUACCGCAAAAGGGUUCUUUCCUUGGCUUCAGUGUUGAGUUCAGUGUGGUCACACAAAUCCGUUAUAUCCAUAGCUCUUUCUUACAGGUACCAUUCUUGAACUUGAUGGCUAACAUAAGAGAACGUGCUGGAAGCAUCAACAUCCGUGUCGGUGGUAACACACAGGAUUCGGCCACUCUUGUCAGUAGUAUUGCGGACGGAGCUGAUUUGGAAAAGGACUACUCAGGCAGUACAAACCCUACUGCAACACCUCCAACGAUCUUUACGUCAGAUAUCAUGAAAAUGAUGUUAGGCAUAUCCAAUCUGGUUAACGUCCGCUGGUACAUGGGCUUACCUUUCUAUAACACGUCAAACUUCCGUCUGGAGAUAGCUGAAGCUGGGGAAUCUAUUCUGGGAGAUAAUCUUAUUGGCUUGCAGGUUGGAAACGAGCCUGACCUCUACUCAAGGCACGGUCAUCGUCCGGCUAACUAUGGUCCCAGUGACUACGUGACCGAGUUUGGCCAGCUUGUAACCGCUAUGCAGAAUGACGCUAAUGUCCCCAACCAAGGCCUUCUUAUUGGUCCUAAUCUGGCUGGUGUCUGGUCACCGGAAGAUAUUUGGAAUACUGGGUUUGUGCAGCAAUACAACCAGGAGCUCUCUGCUCUCGCAGUUGAACGUUAUCCAUCAGACAAUUGUUACGCUACAUUUGGCAUCGGUACUCCAAGGACCGGGCAAGAGAUGUUUCCCUCAUACCUGACUCAUCAAUCUGGCAUAGAUAUAGUCUCCUCGUAUCUCAACUCCACAAACUAUGCUCAAUCCGUUGGAAAACCGUUUUUGAUGUUCGAAACCAACACUGCGUCUUGCGGUGGUUUCCCCGGCCUUAGUGACAGCUUUGGGGCAGCAUUGUGGGGAUUGGAUUAUAGUCUACAGAUGGCAUAUUCGAACUUUUCGGGUGCACUGAUGCACGUCAGUGGUCAGGAUGUCUAUUACAACGUACCUCCACCUACUAACCAAUCGACCUUCCAUCAAUGGACCAUUGGACCUAUCUAUUAUUCAGCCCUCGUCAUGGCUGAAGUACUGGGUUCCUCCAAUGCCUCUCAAGUGGUUGAUCUCCAAGCAAACGGUAACAACGAGUUCACUCCAGGCUAUGCAAUUUAUGAACAUGGCCAGCCCAUGAGAGUCGCACUGUUCAACUACGUAUCAGAUCCCACAGGGGCAAGCGAUUACACAGCGAGCAUUUCCAUCAGUGGUGGAAUGGUUCCUGCGCAAGUUAAUGUGAAGUACCUCGCAGCUUCUUCGGUUGCUCAGAAGUAUAACUUCACUUGGGCGGGUCAGACCUUUGGUGACGUCUUUAGCUCUGACGGAAGACCAGUGGGCCAAUUAGACGUCCAAACGGUCACUUGCGACCAGAGCAACAACGUCUGCUCAAUCCACGUCCCCGCUCCCGGCUUUGCUCUCGUCUUCCUGAACGGCCAAGCGUCAUCUGAAUCCGAUUCGGGCGCGACCAUGACGUUCCCUACCACUGCAUACACCAAGACCGAGAACACAGUUACCAUCGAUCAGGCAGUACUCGCAACGUCGAACGACUACAUUCUCGCUUUCCCUGCUUUGCUCGUAGCACAAAGUUAAAUACAUCGUUAGUCUUUGAAGUUGAUACGGAACAUAUUUGGCAGAGAUACAAGUAGGCAUGCAAUAGAAGUACAUUUUGCAUCUUGAGGCUGCUUUGUGUAUGUAAGUAUUCAGCACUGGCACAAAAUCACAGGUGGGUAGGUCAUGCGGUCUCGUCAGUUUUGACCUUUUUGAUAGUCUUGACAGUUGGAACGCCUUGUCCUCGUAGGCCUACAUCCGGGCCACCGUCAGGUUCUACAGCCCGCUUUCUCUUCUCCCCUGCCUUCUCGUCAUCGUGGGUACUUGAGCUAGGCUUAUCGCUAUUUUCCUUUGAGCGCCCUUCACCCCUGUCCCGACCUCCUCCCCGGCCACGUCCUCCA